AUGACUGAUCUGGAUAGCCGGUGGGUUAGUACGAAGGAGAAAAGUGAUCAGACCCAACUUAGGAUAUAUGGGAUGCCAUUAGAAUACACUACACCUUGUAUCCCAGAGAAUGGAGGGAAAAACUGGAUCGAAUCGGCUAAACGUAAAGUAGAAGAAGCUGAUCUGGACGAGAAUGAUGAUGAGGAAGAAGACGAAGAUGGUGAGGAGGUUUUUUCGCGAUUGAACUCGCUUUCUGAUAGUGAAGAUGGUAUAUUCAAUCUGUCGAAGGUGCUUAUAUCACCCAGUGAUGAUCGAUCAGCACAACAACAGAUUAUGAAUCCACAGCAGCCGCUGGUUACGAUGCCUGCUGGGACUCGUCAAAGGCUUUUGCAGUCUGUAAACCCGGUAAAUCAACACCAGCGGCAGGACAGCGGUAACAGUGCUACGACUACCGCCAGCAGUGGAUUUGAAGUUGAUCUCGAACCGCUAUAUGCGCUUGGAAGUACAAACAGUACUUUUCAAGAACAACAGAAGCCAUUGUCUACUGAAUACCCUUUAUUACAAAAUCUUACAUAUAACAACGCCUUUUCUCUCCAGGAGGGAGACACUGCGAACCAGCCUACAAACCAUGUCGGAUCCGCCAUAAAUUGGAACGCGGGAAUUUUUGACAAUUGGUGCAAUUCUAUCGACACCGAAGUAUCGGAACCCUACCAACAACAGCAGCAGCAACAACAACAGCAACGGCAGCAACAACAACAACAACAACAACAACAACAACAACAACAACAACAACAACAACAACAACAACAACAACAACAACAACAACAACAACAACAACUGCAACAGCAACAACUGCAACAGCAACAGCUGCAACAACAACAACUGCAGAAUACACAUACACGAUCAAGAUCGCAAGAUACCAUUUUGCAGUGCCAUGGAUCACUGCGACAGAAAAAACAGCUGCAGCAGCAAAUCCAACAAAUUCAGCAUCAGAUUCAGCAACAGCAGCAGGUUUUAAACAAAGUUACCCCGGUGUCAUCUAUUAAUAGUUCUCCUCAUGGAGCAGGUCAAGGAUUCAAGAGAUCGCGGUCUAUUUGUUCAGGUAUGCUUCCAAAUGAUUCUCCUGCUGCCAUGGGAUAUGGUAAUUCCAUGUCAUUUCCGCAAGCAAUGGGAGGAUCUAUGGGUCGUAUUUUGAAUCAUAGUGGCAGUAUUAGCAGUAUUAGCAGCAGCGCUAGUGAUGCCAGCGGCAUUGGGAGUGCCUACAAUGCUAAAAAUAGCUUAAUGAGCAACCACAAUGGCACUACUAAUCGGGUACCUUACACUUCCUUAAAGGAUAUGAACGGUACACAUAGUACCCUUUCGCAUGUUAAUGGUGUAUCCAGUACACAUGGAAACCACCAUCCGGCAAUUUACAAGUAUGUUGCACAAGCGCAAUUAUCUAUGCAAUGUGAUACAACCAAGGUAGAAAUGGAGAACAAAUCAGAAUGGGUUCCAGUGUCUCCAAUGACACCCGAAUGCAUGUCGCAUAUUAUUUCGAAGUUGCAAGAGAAAAAUGUGGCCUUAGAUACUGCAUACGAAGUGUUUGAACUUUUCCCUCAGCAGAAGUAUUUGUCGAAAAAAUUGGAAAUCUUAGCGUUGGAAUUUGAGCCAUAUUUUGCGAAGUUAAGAAGUGCGGAUGAAACUGCAGCUUUGUUGUCCGAAGAUGCAGUUACUCUUAACAAGUGGGUGUGGUUGAAUCAGCGUAAAAAAAGAUGCCCGGGACAAUUGAAGCAAUUCCCUCGUUAUACUGUAAGAUCACCUAAGGGUAAAUCAAAAUGGCCAUACGAAAUUGAAGUGCGAACAUCAUCUGGUUACAACGAUUUUACGGCGGGUACAUCUCCCGAAUCGAAAUUGACACAUUCGGAUUUCUUGCUUUUAAGACUACGUCAUAUGAACCUAUUAAGGGAAUCGGAUGACAGAAAACGUAAAAGCAAGUAUUAUGAAUUUAUUGAAGGUAAAAUGAAAAGGCCUCUUAACAGCUUCAUGCUUUACAGGUCGUCCCUAAUGAAAGCUUUGUCUAUUUUGAAAGUUGUCAAGAUAGUUAGCGAUCUAGUGAUAGUCGUCCAAAAAGAGUUUCCAUCACUAGAUGAAUAUGCUAUUUUAGAUCUGCUUUUAGAAACCGCUAAAUUCCGUCGGGAUAUGAAUUUCCAAGAAUUACCUGAAAUAUCGAGGUUGUCUGAGAUUAUUGACCAGGAACUUUACCGGCCAUGUGAUACGAGAUUAAGCGGACUUUCUAGCAUUAACCAAUCGGGACAUGCGCGCGUCCCUGUAGACCCUAAAUUUAGUAAUCAUACGGUUUUGGCACAGGUUAUCACGCUGAUGUGGAAUUCAGAAUUAAAUCAUUGUAGGGAAGAGUUUGUGAAAUUUUCCAAAGUGGAGAAAAACCAUCAUCAUUUGGUGUAUCCAAAAUACAAAUACUGCCCUGUAAAGAAAUUAAAACUGGAGGAAUUAGAGCAUAAUUUAGCAUUACCACCAUGA